CUCUUAGAGCAGUGAUACUUUCAUUUACACGCAUCUGAUCAACUUACGGAAGAAAUAUAACCUUCUCUCAGACGGGCCUUGGCAAAAUGGCUUCUUAAGAUCGAAAAUACAUAAGAAGCUUUAAACGUCUACUCGAGGAGGAGUUUGAAUUGAUACAAUAAUGGGUUUUUCUUUUCAGGCCACAAUGAAUACGCUAGACCUACGUCCUUAUUUGAGUGGUCUGGAGCACAUUAUCAUAGUCGAUGAGAUAUCUUCUGCACACGCGUCUCCCCUUCAUGAACACAUUAUAUUAGCGUGUCAAGGAAAAUUUCACCUACCUCCCCAAACAAGAUCAUUUUCCCCGGAGCAGAUAUAUGCGACAAUUAUGGAACUGUGUGCUAUUUGGGCACAUGGGCGCCCACUAGGGCGGAAACUGUACCAUGCUUUGUGGGAUAGAAUUUCAGAUGGCGCGUUCGCAAACUCCGAGCAGGGCUAUUUUACCCAGCUUGUAAUUUCCUUGAAACAGGAAGUCUAUGUUUGCUAUGAUAUGCAGCAGCUCCUACCUAUAGAGGAACAUAUCCCGGUACAUUCUGCAAUUCUGGAUGCCCUUGACCUAAUUUACGAUGGGACAUUAGGUCUGGUAUUGUGGAAAGCCAGGUUUUGCCUGGAAAACUUUGAUAUGAUUUCAGUGGAAGGAAGUGCUGUAUACCUCCUUCAGCUUUUCUUCAACCCUCGUCCAAUGCCUAUGGGUUACAUAGAACGCACACACAGAAUAACCGGCAAAUUUACCAGUGCUAUAUGCUGAAUAAAGCACUUGGUGUUCAUGGGAAAUUGGAUGUAUAGUUCAUUUCAUCAUUCAAAACAAAGCAUAUCGUC